UUUACCAUUUGAACUUUGUUGAUAUAUCCAAAUUAUAUCGGAUUUUUAACCCUGUUUCCCUGAUAGAAAUAUUGGAGUUAUAGUCUCUGUCUAAAUUCUUAUAUCCUUAAAAACUUGAACAUCUGCGUAAAGUACAUUUAUCGUUUUACUCUCAGAAUCAGGGUACUUUAAGAGGAAUUCAGAGAAGGCUUUUGUCUGUUUUAACCUACAGCCAAAACGGCAGCAGCUAAACACAAUGAAAUCGUUGAUUACCUUGUUUACAUAAUUUUCCAAAGGGUACUAAUGCAUUACGAUAAACAAAAGUGCUGACAUUUUGGGCAAUUACAUUAGUUCCAAAGAAGGUCGAGCAAUGAACAAACACCCUGUUACCAUGGCAACAAGAGUUUGAACCUUUCCAUCGCAAGAUGUUUGGACACCUCUUCCUUGCACGUUUGUGCUCGCUAGGAUCUUUGGCGUUAGAAGUAGUUUGCAUCCUUUCCUCUUUUAAAGUAUCUUUUUUAAUCCAAAUAAGACUCUAUUCGGAGAGUUAAUCUUGCAUUCAAAAUCAAAAUUUAAAAACACUCCCGAAAGUUAAAAAAGGCUUAUACAUUCUCUUGCUUCUAGUUAACAAAUCUCCCAAACAAACUAACUGAAGCAUCGCCUAAGUGCAAAACAUUCGACACCAGUGCCUCACGUUGGAACGUUUGGCUUUCGUGACUUUAAUCAAUAAAGAAUAUGAAGAAAAAGAUUGUCACACGAUCGCGCGCAAUUUCAUGAGUUUGUUGAUGUGAAUUGAAUUGCAUAAUUGAUCAGCAAAGGUUCUGGGAAGGAACUGUCCCAAGAAAAUGUGAAAAGCUGUCAAAUUCAUUUUCUUGGCAUUGUGUUUUGACCUGUUUGUCAUCCGGCGGGUGUUUUUUUGAAUUCUCAGAAAGAUUAACAUUGAAUAUGUAAAUUUUUCACACAGAGUCUGGAAUAAUGCAUUGCGUUAUUGGGCUAUUACGGGUGUGGGAAACGAUAAAUUGAUUUUAAGGAAACCCUAUAAAAGAAUCAUAAUAUUAGCCAGAGGGAUGUGACGAAACUGAAAAAUCUCAGCAAAACUGAAGUUCCUCAUCCUCUUUCACUCGAAGAAAAAGAAUAGAACGCCAAAAAUGUCAAUUCUGAGCCAUGUCUGCAUGGAGCUGCAUGCUAACAGCUCGUUUAGUUCUAUUACCGUAUAAUCUCUCAAAGAAUCUCGAGUUUGUUUACGGUCACAGCAUAUAUAUUUCUCGGAAAAUCUAACUUCCGUAAUUGUAAUAUUCUCACGGAACAUUGUUUAAUUGACGAAAACUCACCAGAAAUUCAUUCGAAACCAGUAAGGGUUCAAUCUUAACUGGUACUGAUGGACCUCUUUAGCUCUCGAGAGAAAAAUGUCAAUCAGAGGAACUUAGAAGUUAUGAUCUACGAAGAAGAUUACAAACAGCUAUGCGCUUGGGUGCUCAAGAAGACGAACAUCGAGACUGGAGGAGAUCUGUUUGGUUUGUGGGCAGACAAACACACUGCUGUUAUUCAGUUCGUUGUCGGUCCUGGGCAAGAAUGUCGAAGAUCUGCACAUUCUUUCUACCAAGAUAUCAGCUACUUGGAGAGGAUUGGUUCGCACAUGACGCAACAUGAAGGCGUUUGUCAUAUUGGCGAGUGGCAUUCUCAUCAUCAACUUGGUCUCGCCAGGCCGAGCGGGGGAGACGAGAAUACUGUGUGGAACAACAUGCCCACCUACAACUUGAAGAGGUUCGUGAUAUUCAUCGCCAACAUUGAGUCGUCGCGACAGAACUCCUUCAACGUGAACAUUGGCUGCUUCCUGUUUGAGCUUGAGAGUGUCAAAGGCAAAGAGAAACAGCUUCCAGUGUUGCAAGGAACGUUCAAGAUACUGCAAAAAGAGAGUCCAUUUAAUGGGAAACUGUUGGAGAAGAGAAACAAG